AAGUUAUAUAAGGAAAAAUAUCAGACGUCUCAAAAGGGAUUGAUAGGAAUAACGUUGGUGUCACUGUGGGUGGUGCCAUUUUCCGAGACAAAGAAAGACAAAGAUGCUGCACUUAGAUCCUUAGAUUUCCUGCUUGGAUGGUUUAUGGACCCAUUGACAAAUGGUGACUACCCGUACAGCAUGCGAUCUCUUGUUGGAAUCCGAUUACCUAAGUUCAACAAGGAGCAAUCCAAAUUGCUGAAGGGAUCAUUUGAUUUUAUCGGAUUGAACUAUUAUACAUCUAACUAUGUAUCUGAUGCACCGCAACUACGCGCUGGAAAUGCUAGCUACUUAAAAGACUCCCUUACUUCAAUUUCACCCGUGCGUAACGGAAUUCCCAUUGGGCCAAAGGGUGCUUCAGAGACUGUGUAUGUUUAUCCGAGGGGCAUUAGAGAUGUUUUGCUCUACACCAAGAGAAAAUAUCAUAAUCCGGUUAUUUACAUCACAGAGAAUGGCUUUGAUGAGCUUAAUGAUCCCAAGUUAUCUCUUGAGGAAGCCCUAGUCGACAACCAAAGAGUUGACUAUCAUUUUCGCCAUCUUUAUUACCUUGAAGCAGCGAUCAAAGAUGGUGUCAAUGUGAAAGGGUACUUUGCGUGGUCAUUGCUAGACAAUUUUGAAUGGACAUUAGGAUACACUGUUCGGUUUGGUAUCAACUAUGUUGAUUAUAAAGAUGGGUUGAAAAGAUACCCUAAACUCUCAGCAUGCUGGUUCAAACAAUUUCUCAGAAAAUACUAAGAGAUAUACAAAUGUCUUCUUCUUUCUGGGUCGAGAGAGAGAACAAUGUCAAUCGAGAUAUUUGGCUCACACAAUAUAUGAGUAGAACUUCUCCAACUAAUAAAAAGAUAUAACCUGAAAUAUGCCUUGUGAUCAAUC